AUGCAUUGGGUUUCGUGGACAGGAUGGAUGGUAGCGGCAGCAAUGAUGGCCAUCGACCAAACGGCAGCUCAAGGUAGCAGCAGCCCGGUGACGGACAUGGAGACGGGCUUCGUCUUUGCAGAAUAUCUGGGUCGGUACGACACUUCAAACAGCGCGAUCCAGUUCCGAGUGGCCGUGCCGACCGGAGUUGGCGCAAACGAACCCUACGACGCCGUGAUACAGGUCGCGGCGCCAAGAGCUGUCGGCUGGGCGGGCAUGGCUUGGGGAGGAAGCAUGACCUACAAUCCGUUGACGGUGAUGUGGCCGAGCGGACAGACGGUGAUGUUGAGCUCGCGAUGGGCUACAGUCUGGGAGACAAUAUACCACAAAAGCGCACACACGACACCAGCACCGUACCUCGUCCCGACAUACCAGGUGCUCAACACCGGGACGCGCGUCAACAGCACGCACUGGCAGAUAACUGCCAAAUGCAGCGGUUGCACAUUGUUCCAGGGCCGCGCCGGAGCGGCACCUACUUGGCUUCGGCCGACUGGGUCGAACAGGUUGGCUUUUGCCAUGGCCAGGACCGCCCCAAGCCAGCCGGGGUCGAACACGAGCGCGAUACCGUAUCAUGAGGUCCACCAGUACUGGAACGCCGACUUUGGCAGCGCGCAGAAUGCAAACUUUGGCGAGCUGGUGCAGAAGAAUUUGUAG